UCAACAUACUUCUCGAAGAACAUGUCCCUGAAAGCUACAGACGAACCGAAAUGCGAGUCAGGUAAUAAAGUAAUGUCUGAAAAAUCACACAAUACUUACGGAAUAAUCUUUUAAUAUUUGUUUAACAUUAUUCAUGAAAGGGGAGUUGGUCGAGAGUUCCAAGAGUUUUGGAAAUACGAUGAUAAAUCCCAGCGAGGAAUUUCUGGAAAUUUUCACAUCGUCAUACGUGUUCAGUAGAACGCCGAGUGAACUCAACAAAAAACAAAUUAGAACAAUGGAGACGAAGAUAAGUAAAUUGUUUCAUAAAGCAAUCAACUUGGGAACUACCAAGUUCGAUGAUAUUGUAACUCUUGCACACACUUAUCUGAAUAUAAGUCGUGUAUACGUUUCGUCAGAUGGGAAGGAAAAACUAUAUAUUGCCAGAGACAGUGUUCUAAAUUGUUUGAGCCUGUUAAAAGAUAAAGAGCUCGAUCGCAAAUCUAUUCUGCUAGCUUUAAACGCAUACAGCUUAUUAGGCUCUAUUUAUAAUAAACAAAAGAAGAUAGAGAAAGCUAUAUUAAUACAUGAUAAAGCUGUGGAAUUAUGUUUGACAUUUAUACGAGAAAAUUACAGUAAUCCUGCUGAUCUUAAAGACUUUGUUAAUAUGUCACCUACAAAGUUACCUCAUGAGCUGCAAAAUACAUAUAUAUUUAUUUUGCAGUCGUUGAUAGAUUUACAUGCGUGUAUGGGGCCAAAAAAUAAUCACUAUCUAAUAACAUGCAGUCACAUGCUUUUGGUUGCUGAAUUUGACACACUAUCGGAAUCUGAGAAAGCUCUUAGCUGGAUUCGAACGGCAAUAACGUUAUGCAAUUAUUUUCUAAUGUACAACCGUUUCCGCGAGGCUAGAAAUCAUCUUAGUGCUGCAGUUUUUGUAAAGAAAGUUUUUAUCGAUAAAGCGUGCAAAAAUGUCAUAAGACUUUCCUCCGAAGCGUACGAUUUGAAUGAACAGAACAGCAUCGCAUUUACAUUAAUUGCUACGUUUAGGGCGAAGUACGGAAUCACGCUUUUGCGCAGAUCGGCUGAACGAUUGCUACGGUUAGAAAAAGACGAAGACUCUGCGACUGACAGUGUAAAAUCAGAAUUUGCGAGAAAUUCUAAGAAACAGGUGUCGCAGAAAUUAUUAUUAUUCCCCAAAGUAGAAGAGGAACAGUCAGAUUCAAAUAUGUACCUACCGAUCACGGCUGAAUACAUCUCAAGUUAUUCUGAUGCCAAAGAAAUAUUUGCAAUGGUUCUGAAAUUGCUCCAUGAUAGACGUUUGUAUUUUAGUGCCGACAAAGAUAUGAAAACGUAUAUGACAGUUAUACACGACAUCUGUAACGCGUACAAAUAUAUGGCAUUUUAUGAACAGGAUGCGUACGGCCGAAUCACAUUACAAAAUCGGCGAAUAGAAAUUUUAUCGAAUGCUGUAAGAAACGUACGCAGGACUGAUCGUAACAUGUUGAAACAUCUACGGCUUCAACUGGCAAUUGUUUAUUCAACUCUGGUAGAUAUAAAUAUUGAAAAUAUCCCAUUUAAAGCUGCCCCAUUAUAUAUGCGACGAAGAUAUGAUACAAUUAAUGCCAAUAUUGACGAACUAUUAGCGAAAGGCUUGAUGAAUUUACAAAAGUACAUGCAAUGUGAAUAGUCCUGAUAGAUAAGUGCGAGUUUGAUAGCAAGUUCCUCAUUAACAAAAAUAUGCUUAAUUUAUAUUCUCCGCAGUAAAAAAUAAGAGAGAAACGAGAUCAUCAAUGUUUAUAAGAGUACAUUCGAAAGAAACUUGUGCGAGGAAAUUGAAUAUAUUAUACUAUGCUUAUAUUUGUGUGUAUAUUGAAUAUUGAAUAGAUUAAUAUUGCGUAACGAAUUUAUUGUUUUUGUAAGAAAAUAUAGUUGGUAAUUAUUUAGAUGAUACGAAAUGUCCUAAAAUCACCUUGGAUAUGCUUAGGAAGCCCUUUAGGAAGUGCUUAGCAGUAUUCUGCAGAAACUUCAAACAUCUUCCAGAUGACUUUGGUAUUUAUCUUUUGCUACUUAGGUAUUUGUUUCAUCCCGAAGACAAGAAAAUGCUUAAACAGAGUGGCUAUAACUGAGUAGAAUGGCCCUGUGUGUGAAAAGUGCGUUUUACACGAAUAAAACAGUAUGAUAUGUAAUGUAAAAUUCAAAGAUUUAAUUUAUGUGUUUCUCUAACAAAUUGAUUAAAAUACGUGUCAUCAAAUAUUUUUUACA